AUGACGCACAUCCUGGUGCUUCUCUCCUGUGCCAGCUUUCUUGGCCUUCUUCCCGUCACUCUUUUGGCGGAGAGGUUGUCAAGCAGCCGGUUCUUCCACUCCGCCGGUGGCAUCUUUUCCCGGGCUCCUCCGACGGCCUCCGCAGCCUGUGGAGAUCUGCAGGGCAUCUGGGAGAACCGUCUUCGAUGCUUCGAAGGACGGGAACAUCUGCUUUCAGAGCAAGGGCGGAGGCCCCGGCGAGAGCGAGGACUGCCUGAACUUGAACGUCUUUGCUCCAGCCAACGCACGAAACCUGCCUGUCUUCGUGUGGAUCUACGGCGGCUCCAAUGUGCAGGGAUCUGCGAUCUCGGAAUUCUACGGGCCAAUCGAGAAUAUCGUCCGCCGCCACCCCUGCGUCCUCGUGGCCAUGAAUUACCGCACCGGCACUCUUGGCUACCUGGCUCUCAAGGAGCUUUCGGCUGUGGAUCCUCGAGGCGUCAGCGGCAACGCAGGCAUUGCCGAUCAGCAGCUGGCCCUGCGCUGGGUUCAGGAGAACAUCCAUGCCUUUGGCGGCGAUGCCAAGCGCGUGGCCAUUAUCGGACAAAGCUCUGGUGGCACGCGAACAUCACCAUGGAUCGAGCGACGAAGGAAGCUCAAGAUGCCAAGAUGAUCGUGCCUCGCACGCCCUGCGCCAACGUCAGCCAAUCAGCUUUGCUCGACUGCCUCUUUACAGUGGAUGCAGGCCUGCUUGAUGCCGCCCUAGAUCCGUCUUAUUCACUGUUCGAUGCGCUCUACGACUACCCGACGAACCAUGAAGGCCUCCGCACUCGGAUGAGUGCACUGGUCUUCGUCGAUGGAACGACGAUUACUUCACCUUUGCUUGAUGCGCUGGAAACUGGCCUGCAUGACGUCCCGCUGAUUAUGCAGAGCGCCCAAGCCGAACUGGCCGUGUCCCCGGCGCCGGAGCUGGAGAACAUCUCAAGGAAGAACCUCUCGAGCUUCCUGCACCGCAAGUUCGAUCCGACCUACGGGCGCAACACCACCGAGGAGAUCUGGAAGUUCUAUGAGCACUAUCAGCCGCCGGAAUAUGCAACCUAUGCCCUGGAUUCGGACACUGGAAUGGCCUGCGGCCUCAGGCGCUUGGCGAUGGCUGCCAGGUCCGGAUUCCGUCAACCGGUUUACUGGACGACUGUUACCGGUGCGCCGAGUGGCAGCAUGCCGCAAAUUCGCCAAAUGCCAUUUCACAAUUGGGACUUCCUCGCUGCGGUUGGCAACUUCGCGAACUACGGCUACACGCCCUCGCCACGAGACGAAGCAUUCGGAGAGCGGCUGCUGGAUGACUGGUUCCAGCUCCUUUCCAACGGAAGCCUCACCGAAGAGCGUGGAUACCGAAAGGUUCAGGACAUGCAGGGUCAGAAUGUGAUUGGCUCCACCGUGGGCAGCACCAAGACGGACUGGCACUUCAACCACAAAAUGGAGGUCUGCACAUUCUGGGAGUCGAUCGGCGUGGAUCAGCGAUGGUGGUGGAUCAAUUGA